CUUCGGAGCUGCUCGCCAGUCACAUAUAGCCAUCAUGGGCGGCAAGCAGAAGAAGCGGAAGGGUGCACGCACCUCGAAUGCCGGCAAGGCGCAGGCCUUCGCACAGACCUGCAUGGAAAGCAUGCAGUCCAGUAAGGACAAGAGAGAGCAAAACAGACGCCGCAUGCGUGUGGUGCAGCUGCAACGCUCGGUGGAUCGAAAGCUGCAGGAAUUGCGUGCAUAUCCCAAGAACCCUCCGCCGCCGAAGCCUCCAGCACGCAAAGGACCCAAGCCACCGUCCGAGUGGAAGCUUAAGGGAGCAGCGCGGCCAGCCGCGCUUCUGGCCAAGAUCGCAGCUGGAGAAUUGGACGAAUGCGGCAACGAGUUCCCCAAGCCAGUGGAGACUUUCGACCUGUACGAGAAGAUGCUUAAGGAGGGUAAAAUGGCGGAACACAAGGACACCAGGGAAUACAUCAGUCUGCUGAAGCAGCUUGCGGCAGCUUGUUGCGAGGCCGGUAUGCCUGACCGUGGCAUCAAGAACUAUGAAUUGUGCAUGAGUUUGGACAAGACGGACUCUUUCUAUUCACGUGAGGGUUUGGCGUGCGCGUUGGUGGAUGAAGGUCGUGGAGCAGAGGCGCGUGCCUUGAUUGAGGAGCACAAGGACGAGGACUCGGCGGUGCUUGCCUACUGCCAGGUGAUUAUCGAGUACGUGUCGUGGGAGGUGCUGGAAGAGGAGGGAUCCUCAGAAGAAGUCGUACAAAAGGCGUUCCGCAAGGCGUUCGCGCUGAAUCCAUUCAUGGCCGUGGUAACCGCGUACCAUGAGACGUUCUUCCAAGUGAUGGAGUAUGUGGAAGAGAUCAAGGACCCGAAGCGAGGAUCUAUUGAAGAAGCGUUUGUCUACGUCUCGCAGAAUAUUGGUUUAUGGGUGGAUACCGUGGGUGCUUAUCAGUGGAUUGAGAAGGAGCUGAACGAACUGUCCGAGCCUGCUGCUACAAAGGAGGACGUGUCGGAUGAAAUGUACCUCGGUAUGUAUGAAACAGCCAUCGAAAUGCACAAGGAGAUGCUCGCUGAAGCUGAAGCUGAAGCCGAAGUUGCCGCUGCAGCUGAAGUAGAAGGAAGCGACGCAGAGGAAGACGACAGAGACGAGUUUGGCGAUUUCGAGCCUGAUGCUAUUGACGGUGGCGACGACUAGUGAUAUCGCUAAAUCAGCACUCCAUUCCAUAUAGAUCCCGUAUUUUAUUUUGCUCUUACGAGCGAUGAGGUUUUGGUGGUAAACUUACACCCUCUUAGACUGCGGAGCCAUGCGAGUUACUCCUCGACGUACUUGGCGAACAGGUUCUCUGGGUUGGUCAUGGCCUUGAACUCGAGGUUGUUGCCGCUUGGGUCCUUGAAAAACAUGGUCCACUGCUCACCCUUACGACCUGCGAAGCGGAGGUGAGGCUCCACGAUAAACUUGAUGUUGAGGCCCUGCACACGCUUCGAGAGGGCGUGGAACUCGUCGACUGUCAGAGCCACACCAAAGUGCGGGACCGGCACAUCGUCC